GGAGGCGCCCGCGCGGCCCUCGGCGAGUCACUUGCGGCGCCGGCGGCCAUGGCUGGAAGCGAGCCACGUAGCGGAGGCAGCUCCCCUCACCCGCACCACAGCGACUGGGGCCGCCUGGAGGCAGCCAUCCUCAGCGGCUGGAGGAGCUUCUGGCAGUCGGUGGGCAAGGAGAGGGCGGCGCCGAAGGAGCCCAGAGAGGAGGCGGAAGAGGCCAGCAACCUGACACGGCUGCCGAUUGACGUACAGCUAUACAUUUUAUCAUUUCUUUCACCACAUGAUUUGUGUCAACUGGGAAGUACUAGUCGUUAUUGGAAUGAAACUGUACGAGAUCCAAUUCUGUGGAGAUAUUUUCUUUUGCGGGAUCUUCCUUCUUGGUCUUCUGUUGACUGGAAGUCUCUUCCAGAUCUAGAAUUCUUAAAAAAACCUGUAUCUGAGGUCACAGAUGGCACAUUUUUUGACUACAUGGCAGUCUAUAAAAUGUGUUGUCCAUAUACAAGAAAAUCUUCGAAAUCUAGCCGUCCUGUGUAUGGAGCUGUGACCUCAUUUUUGCACUCAUUGAUCAUUCAAAACGAACCACGAUUUGCUAUGUUUGGACCAGGUUUGGAAGAAUUGAAUACAUCUUUGGUGUUGAGCUUGAUGUCUUCUCAGGAACUUUCCCCAACAGCUGGUUUGCCUCAGAGGCAGAUUGAUGGUAUUGGAUCAGGAGUCAGUUUCCAGUUGGGCAACCAACAUAAAUUCAACAUUCUAAUACUAUAUUCAACUACCAGAAAGGAAAGAGAUAGAGCAAGGGAGGAGCAAACAAGUACAGUUAACAAGAUGUUUAGUCUACAGAAUGAAGGGAAUGGUCAACAAGGAAGCCGUUACAGUGUAAUUCCACAAAUUCAGAAGGUGUGUGAAGUUGUUGAUGGGUUCAUCUAUGUUGCAAAUGCUGAAGCUGAGAAAAGUCAUGAAUGGCAAGAUGAACUUUCUCGUAUUAUGGCGAUGACAGAUCCAGCUUUUGGAUCUUCAGGAAGACCAAUGCUUGUUUUAUCUUGUAUUUCUCAAGCAAGUGUAAAAAGAAUGCCCUGUUUUUAUUUGGCCCAUGAGCUCCAUCUGAAUCAUCUAAGCCACCCAUGGAUGGUCCAGGAUACUGAGGCUGAAAGUCUAGCUGGCUUUUUGAAUGGCAUUCAGUGGAUUCUUGAAGAAGUAGAAUCUAAACAUGCAAAAUGAUCAUCCUUCUGGACCCUGGGAACUGAAACAACGUGAACUUGUCACUAAAGUCAUGAUGUGGAUAUUUGCUUUAGUGGCUCAUUUUGACCUGCCUUGGGCAGGUAGGCAAUAUACUGGACAACUGUAGCUAUGGUGUUUUUUAAAAAUACAAUUCUUACUUUUUACCUUAAAUCAAUUACAAGAAAAAGGUUCAAUGCCAGCAAGCAUUUGUCCUUAAAAUUAAAUUAACAUUUUUUGAUAACUUUUAUAUUUUCUGUCUUUUUAAAAAUAAUAAAUUCUGGA